AUGGCCAAAGGUUCAAGGGAGCGGAGUUGCACAAUUGAGCAAUUCAUGCGAAUGAAUCCCCAAUAUUUCUCUCGAGGGAAAGAUCCAUUCAUCACUGAGGAUUGGAUCCAAGAGAUCGAGGAGACGCUGUCAGUUCUCUCAUGUAAAGAUGAGCAGAAGGUGCUAUUUGUGGCGUUGAAGUUAAUAAGGGAAGCUAAACACUGGUGGAGGUCAGUGAGACUGUUAAAGGAGCAGAGACCUAGCCUUUAUGCUGCCAGAUUUAACAAGUUGUCCCGCUUUGCUCCCUACUUAGUGCCAGAUAAGGAAAAGAACACAAGGAAGUUUGAGAGUGGCUUGGGGCAGGGCUUGUAUGAGCAAGUGGUGGGCUAUCAGGUCCAGACCUUUUUAGAGCUAGUAGAUAAGGCUACAGUGAUUAAGCGUAGCCUAUAUAGAGGUGCCCGAGCACAGAAUCAGAGAAAGGGGCCCAUGCCUCCCGAUUUUUAG